AUGGCCGGCAGGAAUGGCGAUGUAGGACGCGGAUCGGCACUGACAUGGUACUCCCUUGAUGUACCGAUCCACUGCAAUAUUCACCUGACCCUGCGUGCUCUAUCCGACUCCUUGCCGAUCAAACUCCCGCCCAUGCGCGUUCAAGCCGUUCGCACAAGCGGAUCGGCCGACAACGAAUCAACGCGCAUCAUCGUUAUUCACAUGGGGCAGUGCUAUGGCCCUCCUCCAGACGAUCCAGAUGACGGGUUCAAACUGGAGGUCUCUGCCUCCUUGAAGGGUGACAGGAGCCUGUCCAUGAUCAUGGAUAUGCAGAGACCCACCCUCCUUGCAUCUGCUGCCUUGCAUGUCAUGCACCCUAAGCUUUACUGGGCUUCUGUGAGGACUCAUGUCAAACUCGGUCAUUGGUUGGCAGAGCAAGGCUUGCAUGACAUGCAUCAUUUGCUUAAGCAUUGGGCUUCCAUCUACACUGGUGCCACCGUCAUGUGCAACCAUAAGUCCCCUGACCACAGAGACCUGAAGUUUACCAACCUUGGAAUUGAGCUGGUAUACAACCCUGGCGUCAUGGUGAGCUAUUCUGGCCACCUAGUCAGAUAUGGCAUCCGUGUUGAUGAGGGAGAUCAGAUGGUAUGGGCUUGGUUCCUCCAGGAUAGUGUGCACAAUUAUGCCAGAACCCCCCACCCAGAUUAUGCCACAUACAAUCUGGUCAACCUCCAUGCAUACCAGUUGACCAAGUACAACCAGGCUGAUUUUGUUGUGUAUGGCAACCCAUAG